AUGUCUCAAUCAAUUGAUUUUCGUAUAAAUGAUUUUGUAACUGAAUAUCUUGAUUAUAAAGGUUUUAAUGAUACAGUUGGAAUAUUUUUAAAAGAACGAAAAACUCGUCAAGAACCCAUACAACAACUAACAAAUGGCAAUCAUUUACAAGAUACUGAUCACGAAAAAUGUCAAAUUAUUAAAAAUGAAAUGUUAAAAUAUUUUGAUGAUGGAAAUCGAGAAGAAUUUUUUCGUCUUUGGUUAAAACAUAUACCAGCAAAUAUAAUCGAUAGUGAUCCAUCAUUAAAAUCACUUGAAUUUUUACUUUAUGCUCAUUUUUCUAUUUAUUAUUUACGUCCAAAUAAUCGAAAUAAAAAUGAACAAGCAGCAAAAGAAAAUAUGCAAGAAUUUAAAACAUAUAUGGAAUCAAUUAAAGGACAAGCUAUAUCACAAACAAGUGAAAUAUUACCUUUAUUUGCAUUACCAUUUGUUACAUCACCAGAUAAACAUGCAUCUUUUCAAGAAUUAUUUUCAAAUGAAUGGCCAGUACAAAUACGUAAAAAAGUUUCAAAUUUUUUUGAUUGGAUUUUUUCUAAUCGACCAUUACCACGUCUUGUUGAAUUAUUACAAAAUGGUGAACGUGCAUCUCAUAUCUUAACACAAAUAAAUAAUGAAAAUGAAGAACUUAAACAUCGAAAUAGAGAAACAAAUAAACAAAUAAAACAUUUAAGUACUGAUUAUUGUAAUUUAAUUAGUAUCACAAUGGAAUUAGUUGAAACAUUACAACAAGCUAUUGUAGGAAAAACGAUUACUAAUGAAUAUAUUGAUAAUGUAUGUUCACGACUUGGUAUUGCUAGAUUACGUGAAUCCAUGGCUAAUGCAAUGGAAUCCGCUCGUCUUGGAAUUGAUGAUCCAUUUACGGAAAAAUUUGAUUAUGAUAAAAUAAAGCGCGAUGUUGUUCAUGUAUCCACUAGUCCACGUCAAAAAUCACUGUUACUUCAAGCUUUACGUUGGAAACUGACCAAAGCUACAACAGAUUUCAAUCGUGAAAAAAUGCUUGAUUGUUAUAUUAGUUGUGAUUUACUUGGUUGUCGUACUGAUAUGGAACAACGAACAAAAAUUAUAAAAGACUUAUCAUCAAUAACAUCGACUGUAGAUACACGUUUUGUGAAAGAAGAAUGGGCACGUUUAAUUAAUACAAUUGCUUCAUUAAGAAAAGGUCGAAAUUAUUUGGCACCAAAUGAACAAUUGAUUAUUAGUAUGCAAAAAGCAGCUAUUGCAGAACAAUCAGAUACACUUACGAAACAGCAUCUUUUAGCAGCAUUACAAAAGCUAAGUCUCAGACGAACUGUUCAAACUAUAAUGAUCAAUGAAAAUAUGAUUAAAUGGCUUGUACCAUUAUUAAGUGUAUCAAAUGGUUUAUCGGAUUAUACUUUAGAAUAUGGCGUAGCUUUAUUAAUGAAUUUAUGUUUACGUACCGAAGGUCGUAAAAAAUGUGCUGAAAUAGCUGAACAAGCUAUAACUGUUCUUGCAUCUCUAUUAGCUCAUCCAAAUCACGAAAUUAGACCAUAUGUUAAUUCAUCAUUAUAUUCAAUUUUAACAUUGAAAUCUGUACGUGACAAAGCUAUUCAACUAAAUCUUGAAAAUCGUCUUCGAACAUUAAUUCGAACUGAAACAACAAACUCAGAAACAAAAGGUCAAUUAGAAUUUUUACUUAAUCUUCUAUGUAAAAAUGGUGAUCAAAUUAUUGACCAAUCAUCUGAUAAUGAACAAGAUAAUGAUGAUGAAGAUCAAGAUGUAAUGGAAGCUGAUUUAGAUCUUGCUGAUAGAUUACAUGCAAUCGACCAAGAAUUAAGUGGAGAUGAUUUAAUGCUUAAAAAAUAUUCAUUACAAAAACCAAAUACAAAUAGUCAAAAAUCUUAUAAUAAUACAUUAUAUGCAUCAUCAAUCAAUGUUUUUAAAAGUAGAACAUCAAUUGAUCCUGUUCUUCAUCGACCAACAACACCUGGUCAAUUACGUCAAUCUAUUGUUGCACAUACAGUUGAUUCACUUGCUAAUAGUCUUGCUGUUGGUGAUAUAUUUCAUAGUCAAAAUAAUGGAUUUGAACAAUUCCAUGAUAAUAAUACUAUAUUUGCAGCAUCAACAUCAAUAUCAAUAAAAAAACCUUUGUCAGCAAGUAUUAUGUCAACAUCAACAAUUAAAAAUAAUAAUAAAAAAAUUUCUAAAACAUCAUCAUCAAUAACACGACCAAAAUCAGCAAGUCGUGUUUCAUCAAUGGAUCAACAAAAACAAAUAACACCUGUUCUUGCAUUUGGUACAAAUGAUGAACUUGAUCGUUCCAUACCAACAAUAACACCACCAAAAGUGACACCACCAAUGAAAUUUUCUUUUAGUGAACCACCAAGAUCAAAUUCAAGUGCAUCUAUACGUUCAUCAUCAUCUUCAAUACUUGAAUUAAGUAAUGGAAAUCUUAAUAAUCAAAAAACAAAAAAACUUUAG